CUUCGUCCUCCUUCAUUCUCAUUGCUCCUCCAGUCUCGUCGGCCUCCCCCUCCCCCUCCCCCCCCUCCCGUCCACAGUCACGAUGAUGGUAGUGGUGUCGAGGAGGUUGUGAUAGCUCUGUAUGACUUCUACGGUCCUGAACCACAUGACCUGACUAUGACCAAGGGAGGAGAAUACGUCAUACUGGAGAAAUGUGACAUCAACUGGUACAAGGCCCGCAACAUAUACGGGAAGGAGGGCUACAUCCCCAGCAACUACGUGACAGAUAAAAAACUGGGGAACCUGGAACAGUAUGCCUGGUACAGUAAACAUGUCAACCGGAACAAAGCUGAGGAACUACUGAGGACAGAGGAUAAAGAGGGCGGGUUCAUGGUAAGAGACUCCAGUAAGCCAGGGACCUACACCGUCUCCCUGUACACCAAGUCAGCAGGGGAGGGAGGUGCAGCGAUCAGACAUUACCACAUCAAGGAGACCUCAGGCUGCCCCAGACAGUUCUACCUGGCUGAAAAACACCUGUUCACCUUGAUACCUGACCUCAUAGAGUACCACAACCACAACGCUGCAGGUCUGGUAGCCAGGUUGAGGUAUCCAGUAGGAAAGGAGAGAUUGGCUCCAUCCACAGCAGGCUUUAGCUACGAGAAGUGGGAGAUCAACCCUUGUGAGCUGACCUUCAUGAAGGAGCUGGGUAGUGGUCAGUUUGGGGUGGUGCGGCUGGGGAAAUGGAGAGCUCAGCACAAGGUAGCCAUCAAGGCUAUCAGAGAGGGAGCCAUGUACGAAGAGGACUUCAUAGAGGAAGCCAAGGUUAUGAUGCGUCUCUCCCAUCCCAAGCUGGUGCAGCUGUACGGAGUGUGUACCCAUCAGAAACCCAUCUACAUUGUGACUGAGUUCAUGGGACUGGGAUGUCUGCUCAAUUACAUCAGGCAGCGUCGGGACACCUUCAGCCUGGGGUCCUUACUGAGUAUCUGUCAGGACGUCUCAGAGGGGAUGGAACACCUGGAGGCACACGGCUUCAUACACAGAGACCUGGCAGCGAGGAACUGUCUGGUGAACGAUGCUCUGGUGGUGAAGGUAUCAGACUUUGGAAUGGCCAGGUAUGUACUAGAUGACCAGUACACUAGUUCAUCGGGAGCUAAGUUCCCAGUUAAGUGGUCUCCUCCUGAAGUCUUCAACUUCUGCAAGUACAGCAGCAAGUCGGACGUCUGGUCCUUCGGUGUGUUGAUGUGGGAGGUGUUUACAGAGGGGAAGAUGCCAUUUGAACACAACCCCAACCACAAGGUGGUGAUGAUGGUGUUAGAAGGACAUCGCCUCUACAGACCCAAGAAGGCCACGCCCAACAUCUAUGACAUCAUGCUGCGCUGCUGGCACGAGAGAGCGGAGGAGAGACCAUCGUUUUCUCAGAUCUCCAUCUUGAUCUCCGACGCUCUAGAAGUGGAUGGGUCCUCCUCCGCCUGAACCCACCAAUCAGAUCCUCUCCUCCGCCUGAACCCACCAAUCAGAUCCUCUCCUCCGCCUGAACCCACCAAUCAGAUCCUCUCCUCCGCCUGAACCCACCAAUCAGAUCCUCUCCUCCGCCUGAACCCACCAAUCAAAUCCUCUCCUCCGCCUGAACCCACCAAUCAAAUCGCAACCACCAGUCGGAUCUCGUCAGAUCCAGUGUUGAUGGAGGACUGCUUGCUUAAGGUUGCAAACAUUCCACUCCGCUCUCUGUACUGAUGGAUCUCUCGUGAUGGACGAUUACGGUGGAUUUUGUUAGACAGAAAGUUUGCGUCCAAAUACCAUAUACUGUUUCACCACUUCUUCAGACAGGAAACUGGACAGUCUUCUCAAAACGGACUGUAUAUGUUUUAUCUCCCCCCCCCCCCCCCCCCCCCACAGCCUCAAUUUGUCAGGGAAUGGACUCUACAUGGUGUCGAAAGCGUUCCACAGGGAUGCUGGCCCACGUUGACUCCCAAUGCUUCCCACCGUUGUGUCCAGUUGCCUGGAUGUCCUUUGGGUGGUGGACCAUUCUUGAUUCCAUACAGGAAACUGUUGAGCGUGAAAAACCCAGCAGCGAUGCAGUUCUUGACACAAACCGGUGCGCCUGGCACCUACUACCGUACCCCGUUCAUAGGCACUUAAAUCUUUUGCCUUACCGAUUUAACCUUUUUGAAUGGCUUGUAGACAAUCCAUGUCUCAAUUAUCACAAGACUAAAAAAUGUUUUAUCUUAAUCUCCUCUGUUCCAUCUAUACUGAUUGAAGUUGAUUUAACAAGUGACAUCACAGCUUUUCACCUGGUCAGUCUGUGAUGGGAAGGAGAUCCUUCAGAUCCGUCUAUUCAUCUUCUCAUUAUUUCACAUGUCCUCAAAAAAAACUGACUUGUACUGUGGACAGACAGGUACGUUUUUAUAUUUAUAAGGUAAAUGUAUGUGUUUAAUAGUACUGCAGAAGUUUGAAUGUAAUUACAAUAAAACGAAUGACAAUA